GAGAGCCACCUCAAGAGACUAACAAGAAACAAAGAUCAUGGUGUCUGCUAGGCUUCAGUUACUGGGCACUGCCCUGGCCAUCAUAGGAUGGAUCGGUGUCAUUGUGGUCUGUGCUCUUCCCAUGUGGAAAGUCACAGCUUUCAUUGGUCAUGUCAUCAUCACGGCGCAGACUUCAUGGGAAGGAAUCUGGAUGAAUUGCGUUGUGCAGAGCACAGGGCAGAUGCAGUGUAAAGUCUACGACUCCUUGCUGGCCCUCUCCUCAGACCUUCAGGCCGCCCGUGCCCUCACCAUCAUUUCCAUCGUGAUUGGGAUCCUGGGCAUCAUGCUGGCCAUGGCUGGAGGUAAAUGUACCAAUUGCGUUGAGGACGAGAGCGCCAAAUCUAAGAUCGGUAUCACUGCCGGUGUGAUAUUCAUCAUUGCUGGAGUGCUGUGUCUGAUCCCGGUGUGUUGGACGGCUAACGUCAUCAUCCGGGACUUUUACAACCCCUUGGUCCACCAAGCACAGAAGAGAGAACUGGGAGCAGCUCUUUACAUUGGCUGGGCAGCCGCUGCUCUGUUGAUCAUCGGGGGAGGUUUGCUCUGCUGCAACUGCCCACCAAAGGAAGAAGCGGGAAAAUACACAGCCAAUUAUAACGCUGCACCUCAAUCUGUAGCUUCUGCACCAUCUGGCAAGAACUAUGUGUAAAUGAUGAACUCUAAAAUGAACACUUUAGUGCCUAUAAUGUUUACAGUCUUGAUUUGACCAAGAUGUAGCGUCUUAAAAAGAGUUUGCAGCAGGUAUCACAAGGACUUGAAAAGCAGUCAAUUAAAAACUGAUGCUACAAGUUUUCCUAACAUCUAAAAUUGGUAACCACUUCUGAAACAUCUGCAGUUAAAGGAGGCUAAUCUGAAAUCUGUCUAAUGUAUGAUAA